AUGGGAAUCACAAAAGAUUAUCUAAAAUACGAACAUGCUGGAUCUUGUGGCUGUGUCGGUUCAACAAACGGACAAUUAAUCGCAAUUGAUAGCAAUAUUGUGGCAGUCACCUCAAAUGAAUAUCUCAAUUUUUACAAUAUGCGAAUGGCGGAGAAGGUCAAUGAGAUAAUUGAAUCGGAAAAGGCGAUUUCAUGUGUGAGAAAAUGCGAAACCAAACCACUUUUAGCAAUUGGUUAUACAGAUGGAUCUGUGAAAUUGAUCGAUAGGGAAAAUGAAGGUUUGUUUGAGCCAAAAUAUAAGUUAUACCUCUGAAAUAAAUAUAAAAAUUGCAGACGCUGAACCUGUGAUGUUUUCUGGUCAUAAAAAAGCGGUAAAUUGCAUCGAAUUCAGUAGCGAUGGUUUGAUUUUCGCCACCGGUGGCAAAGAUGGUGUAAUUGUUUUAUGGGAUAUUGUUGCGGAACGAGGAUUGUUUCGGUUACACGGCCAUAAGGAAUCGGUGACUCAGAUGAAAUUUGUGAGAGGAGAUCGAUUCAUUAUUUCGAGUUCUAAAGAUAGUCUCAUCAAACUAUGGAGUAUUGCAAGUCAAACAUGUUUCUACACAAUAAUGGAUAGUCGAAAUGAGAUUUAUUCGAUUAGUUUGCAUCGAGAUGAGACGAUUUUGGUUGCUGCAACUUCGGAAUUGGAAUUGUUGGUUUUUGAGUUGAAUUGGAAGAAUGGCGCGAUUUUUGAGGAAGAGAAAGAGGGAGAAGAUGUGCCGAAAACGAAGAAAUCAACGAUGAUGAAAGAAGAAGUUGAAGAUGGGGAUGGAUUGGCGAAUAUGGCUAAUGUUAGUAGGAAAAUUAGGGAAAAUUUCAAAAAUCUCCAGUUUCCUCUCAUAAAAGAACUGGAUUUUUGAUGAAAUAUAUGUUUCCUAGUAGUUUUCGACACUAAAAUUGCAAAACUCAACUCCAAAUAUGAGUCAUGACGUGGCAAAGUUGAAGAAUUUCGGGAUUUUAGGAGCUGAAACCUGAAAAAUUGAUUUUUCUUAUGCAAAUCUGAUAGAAUAGGGUUGUUCAGGAGGCUCGAUAACAUAAGCAGACUUUAUUUUUUUCAUUGUGGGAUACAUUUUGAAAAUUUAUCCUCUAAUGAAAAAAUAAAGUCUGAUUAUGUUAUCGAACCUCCUGAACAACCCUAUUCUAUCAGAUUUUCAUGGGAAAAACCAUUUUUUCAGGUUUCAGCUCCUAGAACCCUGAAAUUUCCACUUUGCCACGUCAUAACUCAUAUUAGAAGUUGAUUUCUGCAAUUUUAGUGAUCGAAAACUACUAGAAAAAUAUGUAUUUCAUGAAAAACCCCCAUUUCCAGCGCUACAUUUCGACAAAACUCCGUGGCCGCGUCAUCCGCCAAUCAAAAGGUCGUGCUCUUCAACUCGUCGCCACUCACGACGACAAAUUCUUGGUUUGUGUCGGCGCUGACAAAGUUGCUGAUGUCUAUCGGGUUUUUAGUGAAAAUGAGUCGACGAAACGGUUGACGAAGAAAUUGAGGACUGCAAAGAGGAAAGCGGCGUGAGUUUCAGUUUUUUUGGGCUGAAAAUUUGGAUUUUCUGGAUGAAAAUCGUCCAAUUUUCAGUGAAAAUUGAAUAUUUUUGAAUGAAAAUUGAAUAUUUUUGAGUGAAAAUUGAAUAUUUUUGAGUGAAAAUUGAAUAUUUUUGAAAGAAAAUCGAAUAUUUUUUGAAUUAAAAUUGAAUUUUUUUGAAUUAAAAUUGAAUAUUUUUGAAGAAAAUUGAAUAUUUUUGAAAGAAAAUCGAAUAUUUUAAAAAGAAAAUCGAAUAUUUUUGAAUUAAAAUUGAAUAUUUUUGAAAGAAAAUCGAAUAUUUUCUACCUGAAAAUUGAUAUUUUCUGGCUGAAAACUAGGAUUUUCUGGCUGAAAAUCCUUCCAUUCCCACUCCAAAACCUCCCAAUUUUCAGGAACGAUGAAACUCAAGUAAGCGAAACUGAAGUCUCAAAAGAUGUCACAAUUCUCGUCACCAGAAUCGGCGAAAUCGCUCUUCCCCACAAAAUCAAAUGGAUCGACAUCGUUGACAAAACUUUCAAAUCACAACAAGACGAUCAAAUCGAUUAUAAAAUCUAUGCACUUUUGACAAAUAACACUGUACACGCCGUGAAAAUGAGUAUAAAUGAGCAAUCGAAUGCGGUUGAAUCGGAUAGUUUGGCAAAUUUGGAUAAACUUGGACAUCGAGAGGAUAUUCGAGCGAUUUCGGUGUCUUCUAGCUCGAGUUUAUUGGCGUCGGCUGGAGGUGAUGAGAUUAUACUGUGGAGUACACAUUCGUUGAGAAGCUCGUUGACAUUGAAGGAGAAUGAUGUGAAGGAUGUUGUGUCGGUUGCGUUUGUGCCGGGAGAUAAUUAUGUGUUGAGCGGGGGAAAGGUGAGUACUUUUUUUUGGGGGGGGGGGAUGAAUUUUUGAAUCAAUUUUCUUCACUGUUUCAAAAUUAUUUGAACAAAAUCUGCAAUGUUUCUCGAAUUCAUUCAGAUCGUGAAAAAACAUUUUUUUUCAAAUCUUAAAUCAAAUUCAAGAUUUUUUUUUUGAAACUUGAUAAAUUUUAACUGAAAUUCAUAAAAUUAGAGGUAAAAUCAUUAUUCAUAUUUGAUCUGAAAGGGCAAAAAAUUGAAAAUUAAUUUUUCACGAAGAAUUAGGAAUUGAAAUAUUACCAAAAAUUUACAUAAAUGAAUAUUUUGAUUUUUUGAAACAGUGAAAUUUUUCAAAAUUGAUUUUUGGCGCCCUCAAAUUUAGAAUUAAAAUCUAUGUUUUAUGAAUAAUUCAAGUUAUGGAAUAACCGGAAAAUAAAAUUAUUUCUAUAUGGAUUUUUUGAAACAGUGAACUUUUUUAUUGUUCAAAUUUUAAUUUUCUGACUCUAGAAAUCUAAUUUUUUAAAUUUCAUUUGUCCAACAUUUUUCAAACAAAAAUAUAUAUCUUGUUUGUUUGAAACAGUGAAAUUUUUUUAAAACAAUUCAAUAAUUUUGGGGUUGAAUCGUUUAAAAAAAUUCAACAAAAUAAUUAUAAGCUUUAAAAAAAUCUGGAAUUUGAGUUAAGGUUAAACAAUAUUUUUCACGCCUGGACCAUUCGAGAAACAUUGAAGAUUUUGUUCAAAUAAUUUUGAAACAGUGAAAAAAUGGAUGAAAAAAUUUAUUGCAUAAUUCUUCGGAACGAAUAUUUUUAAAAACACAAAAAUGUAUAUCUAGAUUUUUUGAAAUAGUGAAAUUUUUCAAAAUGAUUUUUGGCACCUACAAAUUUAAAAUUAACUUUUUAUUUUCUCCAUGAUUAUCAAAAAAACAGAUUUUUUGGAAACUAUUUUUAUAUGGAUUUUUUGAAACAGUGAAAUUUUUUUGAACAAUUUAAUUACCCUAAAAUUUACAUUAGAAUUUCUUUCAAAAUGUGCUCUUCCAAAUUUUUAGCCGAAAUAACUUUUUACUGCUGAAAUUUGAAUUUUCUGACUCUAAAAAUCUAUUUUUCUCUACGUAAUUUCACCAGAGGAACAUUUUUCAAACAAAAAUAUAUAUCUUUUUUUGAAACAGUGAAUUUUUUUCUAAUUUUUUAAAAAACAAUUCAAUAAUUUUGUUUUGAAUCUUUUAAAUUCAAAUAAAUUUAAUUUUGCGGGAUUUUUUUUCACUGUUUCAAAAAAUUUAAAUAAAAAAUUUGUGAUUUCAAAGUUGUUCCUUCUCCCCAUAAAUGUAAAAAAAACUAAACAUUUGAAUAAUUUUUCACUGUUUCAGAAAAUUCUUUUUUUUCGGCUUCAACAAAAACAUUGAUACUGUCCAGUAUUUUGACAAAAAUUGAAUUUUUGAAAACAUUUUUUUCUUCACUGUUUCAAAAUUGUUUGAAUACGAUUUUCAAUUUUUCUUCCCAUAAAUGUAAUAAAAAAAAUUAACAUUUGAAUAAUUUUUCACUGUUUCAGAAAAAUCUUUUUUUUCGGCUUAAACAAAACUUUAAUAGUCAACUCCUGUGUUUUUGAGAAAAAAUUGAAUUUUUUGAAAACAUUUUUUUUUCACUGUUUCAAAUUUAUUUGAACACAAUUUUUAAUUGAUCCUUCAUUAUAAUCAUAAAAAUAUUGCAUAUCAAUCAAAUUCCAGAUUUUUUCACUGUUUCAAAAAAUCCAUAUGAAAAAUAGUGGGAUUUUUCAGUUAUUCCUUCACUCAUAUUAUGAAAGAAAAAAACUAACUAAAAUUUGAAAAUUAAAAAAUUUCACUGUUUCAAAAAAAAAAACAAGAUGUACAUAUAUUAUUGUGUUUGAAAAAUGUUGGAAAAAGUAUAGAAAAUUUUAUAUGAAUUUUUUGAAACAGUGAACAUUUUUUUCUCUAAAUUUUUUGAACAAUUUAAUUACUCUAAAAUUUACAUUAGAAUUUCGUAAAUUAUUUUUAAAUGUGUUGUUUCAAAUUUUUAGCCUAAAUAUCUUUCUACCGCUAAAAUUUGGAUUUUCUGACUCUAAAAAUCAUUUUUUCUACUUCAAAAGGGUUGCAGUGGGAAGAUUACCAAACAUUUACAUAGAUGAAUAUCUGGAUUUUUUGAAACAGUAAAUUUUUUUAAUUUUCAAAUUUUAGUUAGUUUUUUCUUUCAUCAUAUGUGCAUAGGAAUAACCGAAAAAUCCCACUAUUUUUCUGUGGAUUUUUUGAAACAUUGAAUAUUUUUCACGAUAGCAAUAAAGGAUCAAUUCAGAAAUAUUGAAAAUUGUGUUCAAAUAAUUUUGAAACAGUGCAAAAAUGUUUUCAAAAAUUCAAUAUUUUUCAAAAAAACUGGAUAUUACAAAAUAUUAAUGGUUUUAUUGAAGCCAAAAAAAAUGAUUUUUCUGAAACAGUGAAAAAUUAUUCAACAAAUUUUUAGUUCUGUAUUUACUGAGAAAAAGAAGCAACCUUGAAACUACAAAUUUUUUUAUUAAAAUUUUUUAAAACAGUGAAAAAAUGUUUUCAAAAAUUCAAUUUUUAUCAAAACCACUCGAUAGCUUAGUUUUAAUGUUAUUUAUUGAAUCCGAAGAAAAAAAAAUGAUUUUUCUGAAACAGUGAAAAAUUAUUCAACAAAUUUUUAUUUUUUUUUUCUACAUUUUUGGACGGAAGGAACAACUCUAUAAUCACAGAUUUUUUAUUAAAAUAUUUUGAAACAGUGAACAAAAAAUUCCGAUAAAUUAGCAUUUUAAUUUUAAUUUUAAACUCUGAAUAAAUAAUAUUUUGAAUAUUACAAAAUAUUCAAGUAAAGAUUUUGAAACAGUGAAUUUUUUUUUCAAUUUUCAAAUUUUAGCUUGUUCUUCCAUAAUCUAAACGAGGGAAUAAUUGAAAAAUCCCACUAUUUUUCUAUGGAUUUUUUGAAACAGUAAAUAUUUUACGUGAUUUUAACUAGGAUCAAUCCAGAAAAUUUGAAAAUGUUGUUCAAAUAAUUUUGAAACAGUAAAAAAAAUGUUUUCAAAAAUUCAAUGUUUUUUCAAAAACGUUGAUUAUUAAUGUUUUAUUGAACCGGAAAAAAAAAGAUUUUUCUGAAACAGUGAAAAAUUAUUGAAUAAAUUUUUUGGAACAACUCUGAAAUCACAAAUUUUUUUAUUUAAAUUUUUUGAAACAGUAAUUUUUUCUCAAAAAAAAGCAAUUUGAAAAUUACACAAUUUUUUCCAGAAUGGUGUAAUUGGACUAUUCGAAGUGAGCUCAGCUGAACUUGUCGAAACUCGAAAUUCUCACACAGCAGCAGUUUGGACGAUUCAAAAUACUCCAGAUGGCGAAGGUUUUAUGAGUGUUUCGGCGGAUAAAACCGCCCGUUUCUGGCAAUACACACUAAUCACCGAAGGUUCACGAAAACGCAUUUCGAUCCGCGAAAAUCGUUGCCUCGAGCUGCCGGAUGAGGCGUUGGCGGCGCGAUUUUCGCCCGAUGGAAAAUUUCUCGUCGUCGCCCUGUUGAAUAACACUUGCUCUGUGUAUUUUGUGGAUACGUUGAAGUUUUUUGUAUCACUCUAUGGACAUAGUUUGCCGGUUACUUGUGUUGAUGUUGCACCGGUAUGUGUGGUUCUUUUGGGGAGGAAUUUGAAAAAAUUAACGAAAUUCGGAAUUUUCAUCAUUUUUUUGAAGAAAAAAGGAUUUAGGUGUUUGAAAAUUUGAAUUUCUGAAUUUUGCCGUGAAAUUUUGAAUUUUUGAAUUUGCCGCCAAAAUUUGAAAUUCUGAGUUUUCGCGCUGAUUUAGAAUUUUUAAAUUUUGAAUUUCGGUGCGAAAAUUUGUAUUUUUUAAUUUUUUUAGAAAAAUCCUGAAAAUAAUCAGAAAAUUGCCUGAAGGGCCUCAAGAAAAACAGGCAUGAGAUGAGCCUUAAGAAAGGCCUGAAAAGCCCUCUGAAAGGGCCUCUGAAAUUGGUCUAGAAACAAGCCUGAAAAGCCGUCUGAAAACGGCUCUGAGCAAGCUUGAAAAGGGCCUAAAAUCAGGCCUAAACAGGGCCCCGUAAGCCUGAAACCUAAAAUGUCUACGUUUUUUCCAGACCAGCAAGAUUUGUGUGACUGGAUCGGUGGAUAAAUCCGUCAAAAUUUGGGGACUCGAUUUUGGAGAUUGCCAUAAAUCGUUGCACGCUCAUGAUGAUGCGUGAGUUUUUUUCUGGGAAUGCGGAGAUUUUGAGUUAUGACGUGGCUUGGAAAAUUUAGAUAUAAAAUUGAAAUUUUGAAGAUUCCUGAAAAAAAUUACCAAAAAUUUGAUUAAUUUUUGAAAAAUUCAAAAAAUAUGAUUUUCUUACUGAAAAAUUCAUCAAAUUUAGCCUAAAUUCCUUAUCCUAAAGCUAAGUUACCCUAAAAUUAUCCUAAUCUAAAGUAUCCUUAACCUUAUGCUGAAUUUAAAUAUUAUCCUAAGCCCCUAAGCCUAGAAAUAUCCUAAAUCUAUUCCAGCCUAAAUCAAAGUUAUCCUAAUUCUGAGCCCCUAAUAAGUCUAGAAUUAUCCUAAGCCCCUAAGCCUAAAAUUAUCCUAAAUCUGAAGCUUAAUUAUCCUUAAUAUAUCCUGAACCUUAAUUAUCCUAAAUCGCAUUUAGCCUAAAUCUAAAUUAUCCUGAACCUAAACCUUCUACUACCUUAAACCUUUUCCUAAGACCCUAAACCUAAACCUAGGCCUUUCCUCUCCCAAUUUUCUUCAUCUUCCAGCGUAACCGCGGUUCUUUUUUCACCCGGCGAAGAGCAACUCUUCUGGUCGGCCGGCAAAGAUGGCAAAAUCAAACAAUGGGAUGCCACAAAAUUCAUCCUCGUCCAAAUUCUCGAUCGCCACGUCGCCGAAAUUCGCGAUUUGGCACAAUUCCAAAAUGGAGCAGUGAUGUUCUCGGCCUCACACGAUAAAUCAAUUCGAUGCUGGGAAAAAACGGAUGAAAUGUUGAUUGUUGAAGAAAGAGAGGAAAUGGAGCGAGAAAAAGAAUAUGAGAAGAAAUUGAUUGAAGAAGAAGAUGUUGUGGCGGGUGAAGAUGGAAAUAAUGAAGCGGGAGUUGCGAGUUCGAAAACUAGUUCCAGUGUUGUAUCGGCGGAAAAUAUCAUACAAGCGGUUGAUAUUGUUAGAGAGGAGAGAGUACAGAGAAUGGAAGAUCCGGGCAAAAAAGAGCAACAUCCGAUGAUUGAAGCAUUCAGGAGCAAAUCAUUGGAACAUUUUAUUGUGGAUGUUAUUGCAAAGUGUAGAGCGAGGUUGGGUUUUGGGAGUGGGGGGGUGAAAUUGGGGAAAAAUUUGAAUUUUUGACCGCUGAAAAAUAUGAAAUUAGACGGUUUUUCAGCCAAAAUUUGAGAAAAUUCGGGUUUUUUCAAUGAAUUUUCAGAAUUUUGACCGCUGAAAACCUCAAAUUCAGAUUUUUCUUCUCAAAAUUACUCGAUAGAAGGAUUUUUGAAUCAAAAUUGCUCCGAAAUGCUAUAAAUUUGCUCAAAAAUGAACCUGAAAUCAAGAAUUUUGAUGAAAAUUAGCUCAAGAAUUUAUUUCAAUACUUUACUGUUUCAAAAUAUUUAUAUUAAAAAUUUGUUAUUUCUCGAGGUGUUACAAGAACGGGGUCUUUUUUGAAAUUUUUAAUUUUCACUGAAAAAAAUCUUUUUUUCCCCUCGAAAUAUGAUUCUGGCCCAUUUUUCAGCUGAAAAUUGAAUUUCUAGUCAUUUUUGACCUGGAAACAUGGUAUUUUUGCAGUAUACAAAAUUUUUAGAUUUGUGAGAUCUGAAAAACUGAAAUUCAGAAUUUUUCCCUCUCAAAAUUACUGGCUAGAGGAAUUUUUGAGCCAAAAUUUAUGAAAAUUCGGGUUUUUUCCAGUUUUUGACCCCCAAAACACUGAAAUUCAGAUUUUUUUGGAUUCGGGCCCACAAAAGCCUGAAAAUUUACAGAUUUUCCUGCUGUAAGUGAAAUUUUGAGGUUUUUGCCACGAACAAGCUGGAAAAUUGAAGUUCUAGUCAUUUUUUGAACUGAAAACGUGGUAUUUUUCCAGUAUACGCAAUUUUCAGAUUUUUUUUCCCUCAAAAUUUGAUUCUGGCCCAUUUUUCAGCGGAAAAAUUGAAUUUCUGGUCAUGUUUUGACCUGGAACCUGAAUUUCUGCAUAUUUUCUGACUAAAAAAUCAAUUUCCCCCGAAAAAUCCUGGUUUUUGACUUCAAUUCAUUUUCCCGGAAAUUAUAGGUUUCAAAAUAUUGAUUUAUGAAUUCUGAUAAAUUUCGAAAAUAUUAAUAGAAUCAUACAUGGUUUUCUGAAUUGGAUGAUAACUGAAAAACCGGGGAAAUCAUAGUUUUCAGGAUUUCGAACUGUAAUUUUAAGAUUCAGGGCUAUUUUUAGGUAACAUUCAGACAACAUUUAACAUUUUUGAGAUUCAUUAGGAACUAUAAAUCAAUAUUUUGAAACCUAUAAUUUCCGGGAAAAUUAAUUGAAGUAAAAAACCAGGAUUUUCGGGAGAAAUUGAUUUUUUUAGUCUGAAAAUAUGCAAAAAUUCAGGUUUCCAGCUCAAAAAUGACUAGAAGUUUGAUUUUCCUGCUGAAAAAUUGACCAGAAUCCAAUUUUGAGGGGAAAAUGUGAAUUUCAGGUUUUCAGAGGUCAAAAAUCUGAAAAUUCUGAAAAAAAAACCGAUUUUUCUCAAAUUUUGACCAGAAAUUCGAUUUUCCAGCUGAAAUUUGUAUAAAAUUCUGGAACACACCUGACGAGAGAGUGUCCCAAAUUUUUUGUGCAGUGUGAAAAUUUUUUUCAAAAAAAAAAAUGUGCAGCGUGAAAUUUUCAAGUUUUUCGAAAAAAAAAGUCCGCGGGCAGGAGGAUUCGAACCCUGGUCUCAUGCUCGCCAGUCUAAAAUGCUAUCCUCUCGGCCACAUCUCUUUUUUUCUCAUUGAUCAAGAGGGGAAAAUGUUGGUGGAAAAGGAAACUGUUUUCAAACGAAUGCGUUGCAACGUUGCUCAAAAUUUGAAGUUAGGAUAACUAAGCUUAGGCUUAACGGAUAUAGUUGAUUUUUUUCCAAUAGAUUGCUAAGGUCAUAGGCAGUGUGGAACACCAUGAGUGCAGUGUGGAAAUGCCCUAUUUCGCUGUUAUUUUGAAGUGUCCAUUUUGAUGGUAAAUCACAGUGCCCCGAACGCGUAGGCAGAGAAAAGUUGUGCGCAUUUUUGGUGCAUGUGCGGUAGAGCGCACAAGCCUGUUUGUCGGUUUUUUGAAAAUUUAACACUAGGUUUUUUCUUGAAACGAUUAGAAUUGAAUUAUACUUGCAUGAAAACUCCCAAACUGAGCUAUAUGUUCUGGAGAAUAAUGAGAGGAACGUUUUGAUAUAAAACAUGUGAAGAUUGGAUUCAAAAUAAGUUAGUUAUUCUCUUUUGAAGAAAAACAAUUCAAAUUUUAUGAAGGAAAAAUGUGUUUCGGCACUUGUUUUAUGAUAAAUAUGUAAAUUAGAAUACUUUUGAGGUGUUUUAGGAAAUAUUUGAUCAAAAUAAACUUCUGAAAUCUGGGUUUUUGAUCAAUUUUGGGCAAAUUUCGAUGGAAAAUAAAAUAACAAAAACAUCAUAAUUUUGAAUUAUUAUUGAUUCCACAUACUUGAGGAGUCCUAUUUCAAUGUUUUGGAAGCAUAAAACUGAAAUUUAUCAGCUUUCCUGGAUCAAAAAUGACGUUUUUGCACAAGGUAUUUUCUGAAGAGCUCUUGAUCAUUUCAUUCUCAACCAUUUUUCAUGAAACAACUUGGAAUAGCUUCAAUUUUUCUUCCUUUGUCUUCUCCAUAUUCGAUUUAGUUACAAAAAUUCCAUUUCCAGCAUUUUUCAGCAAGAAAACAAAAGCGCAAAAAAAGAUGAGAGAGUGCGCUUUGCUGAAGAGACGGAUGAGAGAUAGAGAGAAAACGAGAGAGUGUGUGGAGUGUGGAGUGCUGGCGCAAUACGCGUUCGGGACACUGUGUAAAUAUGGACAUUACAAAGAAUCGGACGGCAUUUUUUUCCGAGCACAUAUCAAGGGUUGGUAUAUUCAGAAAGUUGGUGUAUUUUUAAGCGUAGUUUUUGAAUUUACCCAUGUGCAGUGUGGAAUUUGAAGUUUUUUCAUAGAAAGUCAAUUUUUUUGAAAUUUCAGUGACACUAUGGUUUGCUAAGCAGUCACGUAAAUUCCACACUGCACAUUAUGUUACCACACUAAAACAAAGUCUGCUGAGUUGAUUUUCACCGAGAAACUUCGAAAAAUUCGCAAUCUGAAGUUGAUUUUGAAGUUGGGAAAAAAUAAAAAAAGUUAGCUCGAAUGAAGAUUCGAACCUGGGCCUUCUGAACACUAGCAAAAUGGCCUACCACUGAACUAAAUGUGCAUUUAUUUCCCCAAGUUAAAUGUUGAUGAAAAGGAAACAAAGUUUUUUUUCGAAAAAAAUGCAGUGUGACUUUUGAAAAAAAUGUACAGUGUCCAUUUUGGACACGUCUCGUCAGGUGUGUUCUGGAAUUUUCCGACAAAAAAUCGAUUUUUUGCAGUGAUCUCGAUCGAACACUUCUCCUAGUUCCUCUAAGUUAUAUCAAUGAAAUCCUGUUGGCAAUCGCAAGUUGCACAAAACAAUAUUACAAAGUGGAGUUGUGCACCCACGUGGCAAUCUAUUUGACACGAAUCCAUUUGAGCCAUAUCAUUUCGACGUCGGAAAAUGUGCCGGUUUAUGAGAAGUUGAAGCGAGAAAUGCGACAGGGAAUCGAGGAAUUGAGGGUUGGUUUUUCCGGGUUUUUGAGGGGAAAAUUGCUCAAAAAUGAACCUGAAAUUAAGAUUUUUGGAUGAAAAUUAGCCUGAAAUGCUCAAAAAUCUUGAAAUUAAACUUUCGGUGAAAUUUGUUUGAAAUUUAAUUUUUUUGGCUCAAAUUUGCUCAAAAAUAAACCUGAAAUCAAGAAUUUUGAUGAAAAUUAACUCAAGAAUUUAUUUUAAUAUUUUACUGUUUCAAAAUAUUUAUAUUAUUUUUUAAAAUUGAUAUUUGUGAUUUUUCAAAUUUGUCCUUCAACACUAAAUUAAUUGAAAUAUUUUUCACUGUUUCAGAAAUUUUUUUUAGAAUUUUUUUGUUUUUUCGGCUUCAUUAUAAAAGGUUUCUGAAUUUUUGAGAAAAAAAUUUUUUUUUCGAAAUUUUUUCACUGUUUCAAAAUUAUUUCAAUACAAUUUAUUUUUUUCUAAUUUUGAUUUGAAUUCGAAGCGAGCAACAUUUUGUUUUAAAUUUAACUGUUUCAAAAAAUCCAGAUAUAAAUUUUUGUGUUUUAAAAGAUGCUCUAGAAUUUUAAAAAAUCAACCAGAAAUUGCUCGAAAAUGAACUUAAAAUUAAGAUUUUUGAAUGAAAAUUAGCCUGAAUUGCUCAAAAAAAAAUUUUCACUGUUUCAGAAUUUUUUGAGAAAAAACAAUUUUUUCUAAAUUUUCUCACUGUUUCAAAAUUAUUUCAAUACAAUUUUUUAUUUUUAUUCUGAAUUCGAAGCCAAUAACUUUUUGUUUUAAAUUUAACUGUUUCAAAAAAUCCAGAUAUAUAUAUUUCUGUGUUUUAAAAAUAUUCCUUCCGCUAACAUAUGAAAGAGGCUUAAGAACAUGAAAAUCAAACCAAAAUUCAACCCAAAACCCUCGAAUUUCUUGCAGGAUGUCACCGCUCUAAAUAUGGCCGCUCUUCGCCUUUUGGCAACUGAAAUUGAGGAACGAGAACAGAUCAAAAUGUUUGCGCAAAUUGAAAUUGGCGGAAAUGAGAGUGAGCAGAAGAAGAAGGCGAAAAAAGGACGGAAAGCGAUUGUCAAAACAUUGGGUAUGGUAUUUUUAAAGGGAGGGGGAUUUAUGGGCUGAAAAUAGGGCUCUGGAAGAUUUUUUGGGGUUUUCUGGGCUGAAAAUUCCGAUUCUAACGCAUUUCAUAAGGUCUAGGUGGUUUUUCGGGUUCCUAGGUCAUUUUAUGGGAUUCUAGGCCAUCAAAAGCAAAUUUUUGGAUUUCUAGGCCAUUUUUUGUAUUUAUAGGCCGCCACAAUCAUAUAUUUGGGUUUCUAGGCCAUCAAAAGCAAAUUUUUGUGUUUCUAGGCCAUAUUUUUGGGUUUCUAGGCCGCCACACUCAUAUUUUUGGGAUUCUAGGCCGCUACAAUCAUAUAUUUGGGUUUCUAGGCCAUCAAAAGCAAAUUUUUGUGUUUCUAGGCCAUAUUUUUGGGUUUCUAGGCCGCCACACUCAUAUUUUUGGGAUUCUAGGCCGCCACAAUCAUAUAUUUGGGUUCCUAGGCCAUCAAAAGCAAAUUGUUGGGUUUCUAGGCCGUUUUCUGGGUUUCUAGGCCAUCAAAUGCAAAUUUUUAGAUUUCUAUGCCAUUUUUUGGAUUUCUAGGCCGCCACAAUCAUUUUUGUGAGUUUCUAGGCCAUCGAAAUCAUUUUUUUUGGAUUUCUAGGCCAUCAAAAUCAUUUUCGUUAGUUUCUAGGCCAUUUUUCACUCCCCAUAUCCUAAAAUUCCCACUUUUCAGCCUAA